GUUCAGGCCAUAAAAUUGCUAUCGUAUCGCUGAGAUCGGCUCCAAAUGGCUGAACAUCUACAACCGGUCAAUAGUACAUCACGAAACGUUGUCGACUACGGCAGCACGGAAACAGCAGCAGCAGCAGGAACAACUCGAACAACUUCAACCAAUUCCCGUGUACCUUCAUUUGUUCUACUCGAAUCUUCAUCUCAUCGUUUACGUUAUACAAAAAUGUCACACAAUACUUUUAAUAAUUCCGAUUCUUCGGAACACUUACAUCGUUUUGAAUAUUUUCUAAAUGUUUUAAAUCAAAUGUGCAUCGGUUUCAUUACAAUCUAUAUAUCAUAUUUGACUCUGAGAACGGGUCUCGUUUUAACCACUACCGUACAUGCCUGGCUAGUUACCAUUGGUUUCUCCUUCUUUAUGGCGGAAGGUGUAAUGGUUCAUUAUGGCGGUAAUGUGUUGACAAAUAGUUAUAAACGGAAUACAAAAACCACAAUACAUUGGAUACUUUUGACCUUGGGCGGGACAUGUGGAGCUGGUGGUGCUCUUCUUAAAAUGAUAGAAAAAGGUUUUAUGCUACAAUCGACUCAUGGCAAAUUGGGUAUGACAGCCUUCAUACUGUGCCUUUUGUCCAUGCUAUCGGGUGUGAGUGCCCUCUUCUCGACGCGUGUCAAAAAAUUAAUCACACCGCUGCUCAAUAAGACUUUUCACAAUUUCUUGGGAUUUGUGUGUUUCGUGAUUGCCUUGGUGACACAAUAUUAUGGCUAUCAGACUGGAUAUUUUAAGAGUCGCACUGAAACGGAUUUUCAAAUUUUAAUGAAAUGCCUCACACUCCUAUCACUUGUCCUAACAAGCUAUGGACCCAUAAAGGCGCUCUAUCAGAAAUGCAAAAGUAUUUCCCGCCAGUUUUAAUUUUCCCUAAAAAUUAUGUAUAAUAGGUAUAUAAAAAUAUAGAUGCCAUAGGAUUGUAAUACUCGCCAGAAGCGUAUCUAAUCGUUCGUUCACUUAUUUUGUUUUUAUGAAUCCCAAUAAAAGAAAAAUACGAAAAACCAAA